CCAAAAAUGGCUCCGACAUUCUCUUCCCUCGCUUCGUCUUUUCAAUCUCAAAAGAAACAUGAUGUUUUCAUAAGCUUUCGAGGUGGGGACACCCGCUUCACUUUCACGAGCCAUCUUCAUAAUGCUCUCUGCAGAAGCAAGGUAGAAACAUUCAUUGAUGAUAGGCUUGAGAAAGGAGGCGAGUUGUGGCCAAAGCUUGAGGAAGCCAUUGAGGGCUCAACCCUAUUCCUCGUGAUACUGUCUGAAGACUACGCGUCUUCCACGUGGUGCUUGAAGGAGCUCACCAAAAUACUACAGAGCACCUGCAGAGAUCAGGGAAAGGGACAGCGUGUGAUGCCAGUGUUCUAUAAGAUAGAACCUUCACAUGUGAGGAAGCAGUUGGGGAAGUACGAGGAAGCAUUUGCAAAAUAUGAUCACAUGUACAGCGGCAAGAAGCAACCUGCUGUAAACAAGUGGAGGGAGUCUCUCACUCAAGUUGCCAAUUUUGCUGGCUGGCAAUGUACCUCCAAUAGGAAUGAAGCUGAAUUAGUUGACGAGAUAGUCAGAGCUGUGAUACAAAGGUUGGAUUGUAUGCAUCAAGGUGAAGGUGAUUCGAAAAACUUGGUUGGAAUUCAUAGGAAAAUUGCAGAUGUGGAAUCAUUGUUACACAAUGGAUCAUCCAAAGAUGUUCGCUUUGUCGGAAUUCAAGGUAGGAGAGGUAUUGGCAAAACAGCUCUUGCAAAAGAAGUAUUUAACAAGUUGUAUGUUUCAUAUGAAGGGUUUUGUUUCCUGGCCAACAUUAAGGAAGAGUCCAAGAAACAUGGAAUAGCUGCUCUGAGGAAGAAACUUAUGUUGACAUUACUGGGGGACAAAGACUCUCACGUUGGCAUGCCUGAUGGAAUAACUCCUUUUGCCAUGAAAAGGUUGGGUCGGAAAAAAAGCCUUGUUGUUCUUGAUGAUAUUGAUGAUCAAGAACAAUUAGAGAAUUUAGCUGGAAGGCAUGAUUGGUUUGGAUCAGGCAGUAAAAUUCUGAUAACAGCAAGAAAUAAACAAGUUCUUGGGAAGGAAGUAGAUGAUAUAUACGUGCUUGAAGGUUUGAAUUCUGGUGAAGCUUUGUGCCUUUUCUCGCUGCAUGCCUUCAAAAAUGAUUUUGCUGACAUGGAGUUGAAAGAAUUGGCAAAGAAUGUGGUCUGUCACGCAAAAGGCAUUCCACGAGUCCUGAAAGCUUUGGGCUGUUUUUUGUAUGGAAAAAGUAAAAAAGAGUGGAAAAGGUUAUUGGCUAAGCUUAAGAAAAUGCUUUGCACAAAACUUUAUGACGUGCUGAAGUUUAGCUCCCAAGGCCUAGAUCAUGAAGAGAAAAAUAUCUUUCUGGAUAUUGCACCUUUCUUCAAAGGUAGAGGUAUGAAAAAUAAAAAAAUAAGAGUUAACAAAGCAAGAGCAAUCAUGCAAAAUUUGAUACAAGAAAUUGUUGGUGAAGAAACAUGGAAAGAUUCUAUAAAGAAAGGUGAUUUAUGGACUCCUCGUGAAGUUUCUCAAAUAUUGAUGGAGGACAUGGGGCCUGAAGCCAUUGAAUGCCUGGCAUUAAAUGUUCCAAAAGUCGAAGAGACGCACUUGGGUCAUCAAGCAUUUGGGCCAAUAAUGCCCAAAGUAGAAUUUCUUGAUUUUUCUAGCCAAACAAAUCUGAUUGAGCAGGUGAACAAGUUUCAUUUAACCUGUGGUCUUGGUCAAUUGCUGCCACACAAAGUCGUCCUUUUGCCUUGGGAUGGGUAUCCUUUGAAGUCAUUGCGAGGAACAUUCUCAGUUGAAGUUCUUGUUACAAUUGAAAUGUCAAAUAGCAAUUUGAUAAAAUUUGAUACAAGAAAUUUGUGGACUCCUCGUGAAGUUUCUCAAAUAUUGAUGGAGGACAUGGGGCCUGAAGCCAUUGAAUGCCUGGCAUUAAAUGUUCCAAAAGUUGAAGAGAUGCACUUGAGCCAUCAAGCAUUUGGGCCAAUAAUGCCCAAAGUAGAAUAUCUUGAUUUUUCUGGCCAAACAAAUCUGAUUGAACAGGUGAGCAUGUUUCAUUUAACCUGGGGUCAUGAUCAAUUGCUGCCACACAAAGUCGUCCGUUUGCCUUGGGAUGGGUAUCCUUUGAAGUCAUUGCGAGGAACAUUCUCAGUUGAAGGUCUUGUUACAAUUAAAAUGUCAAAUAGCAAUUUGAUAAAAUUUGUGAAGAUGAAUACCAGAGUCUUGUUAAUUUAUGCAAGAUUGACUUCUACGACUUGAGAGAUUUGAUUGAGCUCCCAAAUUGUUCAAAUCUUAAAGAAAUAGAUUUCUGCAUUGGUUCAGAGUUGUGCAGUGUUCGUCCAUCCUGUUUAU